AUGAGUGCGGAACCCAAUAACAACCAGGCAAAGGCCGAUGUCCCAGAGGAAGUGGUGGAACCAAAAUCUACAACGGUGGAGGAAUCGAAAUCUACAAUUGAGCAAGAUCCAAAGCCUACAACAACGGAAUCACCACCAGUCAAGAUCGAUGACUCAACUCCAAUUCCACAAAUCACGCCCGAAGAACCAAAACCUACAAUCGCAGAGCCAUCAACAACUGAAUCAGUAGCCGCGGAGCCCACUACGGAACAACCCCAGGAAGCAGCCGUCAAGCUAGAAUCUGUCAAAGAAGCCGACGCGGAAGCAGCCGCUAAACUAGAAGCUACCAAAGAUGCUGAUGUGGAGAAAGCAGCUUCAACCUCUCAACACUCAGUCUCAUUCGACAAGACUACCAAGACACAUGAUGGCUCGCCAUUGUCAAAAUUCUAUUCAGAAUUGCCGGCAAUCCUCGAGGCAGCUGAAUACAAUGAGAUGUGGGGCAUUGUACUUGAUCCAUCGGAAACUCACGUUCAAACAAGUAUAGUUCUCGAGAAAUUCUUGCGAGCAAACACAAAAGACGUUCCUAAAGCCAAGGCUCAAUUGAUUGAGGCUUUGAAAUGGCGAAAGACCAUGCAACCACAGAAGCUCUUGGAAAGUACCGAGUUCGACACGGUCAAGUUCGGUAAUCUGGGAUAUGUAACGUCUUAUAAUAACAGCGACGGCGGCAAAGAAGUUAUCACUUGGAACAUCUAUGGGGCAGUCAAAAAUGUUAAGAAGACGUUCAGUGACGUUCCUGAAUUUCUUAAAUGGAGAGCAGCACUUAUGGAAUUAUCCAUUAAGGAAUUAGAUCUUGCCUCAGCAACGGAGAAGAUACCCGAAAACGGCCCUGAUCCAUAUCGCAUGAUCCAAGUCCACGACUAUCUCAAUGUCAGUUUCCUACGAAUGGACCCCAGUAUCCGUGCUGCAUCCAAAGAGACCAUCCAAACAUUCAGCAUGGCGUAUCCUGAGCUUUUGAAGGAGAAGUUCUUUGUUAACGUUCCCUUGGUGAUGGGUUGGGUUUUCGCGGCAAUGAAAAUCUUUUUGAGCGCCGAUACAAUCAAGAAGUUCCAUCCGCUCAGCUACGGAUCCAAUCUUGGCAGUGAGAUUCCUCAUGUUGCUGAAAAGUUACCAAAGGAGUACGGAGGAAAGGGGGAAGAACUGAAGAGUGGUCUCACAGUCAAAUAUGCUGAGGGAGAAGCCUCGAACUCCGCAUAG